AAUGGCAGAAAGUGAAUCAUUUCUAUAUUUGAUUGAGCGAACCACGGCGCGGAUCCAAACAGUGACGUCAGCGCCGGAGGAGCGGCAGCGGAACGCUCAGAGGGCACGGUGCAAGCACGGGACAGCUCUGCAUUGGCCAAAGGGAUCCCAGGAGGCCUGGCCCUCUGUUCCCCUGAGGGUGGAUCCCAACCAGCAGAGACAGGCUGGAUUUUUGCCUUUUGUAUUUGUUCCGGGGCCCAACCAACAAAAACAGUGGAGGGGGAAGAAAACAUGUUUAGAAUAUUUUUUUUGUUUUAAAACCGUAUUUAAUUUCACGGUUACAAAAUAAAACACAACUAGAAUGUUUUGAUGUUUGCAAUGACAUCGAUUUUAAACAAGGUUAGCCAGAAAGCAAAAGCAGUGAGGCAGAGCUGUCGGCCUCCUCCCGCCUUCGGCGCCUGGCGCGCGGGGGCGUGGCGUGGCGCGCGGGGUGACGUCACAGGCCGACGCUCCGCCCGGCUGUUUUUGUGCUUCCAGCUCUUCGAAAAAGCCGCUGGUAUUUCUCCACCUGGCUCUCCUUUACCUCCAGGCAGGCGCACCCGAGGUCCCCCUCCUUUUCCCCCACCGCGCACUCGGCCCAGCGCUGUUGCCCCAGGAGCGGACGUUUCUGCAGCUGUUCUGAGUACACCUUGACGUCGGCGGAGGGAGCAGGACGCGGCCAACUGUCAGCUGCGAAGGAGGCAGGCCCCGCGCGGGGAUCUAGCAAGCCCUGCGGUGCAUUAUGAAGUUCCAGUACAAGGAGGACCAUCCCUUCGAGUAUCGGAAAAAGGAAGGAGAAAAGAUUCGGAAGAAAUAUCCGGACAGGGUCCCCGUGAUUGUAGAGAAGGCUCCAAAAGCCAGGGUGCCUGAUCUGGACAAAAGGAAGUACCUAGUGCCCUCCGACCUUACCGUUGGCCAGUUCUACUUCUUAAUCCGGAAGAGAAUCCACCUGAGACCUGAGGACGCCUUAUUCUUCUUUGUCAACAACACUAUCCCUCCUACCAGUGCUACCAUGGGCCAACUCUAUGAGGACAAUCAUGAGGAAGACUAUUUUCUCUAUGUGGCCUACAGUGAUGAGAGUGUCUAUGGGAAAUGAGUGGUUGGAAGCCCAGCAGAUGGGAGCACCUGGACUUGGGGGUAGGGGAGGGGUGUGUGUGCGACUUGGGGAAAGAGAGGGUGGCUCCCACCGCGAGGAGAUAGAAGGAGAAGACAUCUGGAAACAUUACACUGCACACACCGUCAUUACAUUUUCACAUGCUCAAUUGAUACUUCUUGCUGCUUCCUCGGCCCAGGGAGAAAGCAUGUCAGGACAGAGCUGUUGGACUGGCUUUGAUAGGGGAAUGGGGAUGAUGUCAUUGUACAGCAUUCCCCAGAUUUAAUUUUUGUGCAAUUUCAUGGACGGGUCAAGGAGGUGGACAGGUUGGGGGCAGAGAUGAUGGCAGUCCAGCGGCAACUUCCUGUGCUCCCUUCUCUUUGGGCAGAGAUUCUAUUUUUAACAUUUGCACAAGACAUGUAGGGAAAGGGGACUUGUGACAGUGGACCAUACCUGCGGACCAAAAGAGACCUACAGUAAUUGAUGCAUUGUGGCCCCCGAUCUUCCCUGUCUCACACUUUCCCCCAUCCCUGUUGCAAUCUCACUCACAUCACACACCACCCCAGGGAUGGCAGUAGACACCAACCCAGAAAUUUAGACAGGGGCCGCUUACUUUUGGAAAAUAGGGGUUAGGCAUGAAGAUGGUUAUGAUUAAGAAGAUAGUUUUGUUAAAUAACAUUAAACUGGAAUCGACAGUGUUUACCAUCUGUUUAACCUGUUCUUUCACUCUGAUGCCCCUUAUCUCACCCCUACCUUGGAAUUUAAUAAGCCUCAGGCAUUUCCAGUUGCAGACUAAAACCACUCCUAGCACCUCCUGUAGUAUUUUCCGUGUAUCAGGACAGAGAUGUCUUAUGUAGGGAAGGGGCAGGUGUGAAUUAAGGUAGAUGAUCUCCACCUCUCACUCAUUCGGGGUUCUUGCUCCCAUGCUGCUGCCCGUUCAGUCUCAUCCGCACAGGAAUGCUAUGUGAUGGCCAGCUGCUUCCCUCCACUGCAGCUGCUAGUUAGGUUUGGAGGGAUGACUUUUAGUAAAUUUUGGGGAUUUUAUUGAUUUGUUUUCACUUUUGGGAUUUUGUGGGGUGGGGGUGGGGAGCAGGAAUUGCACUCAGACGUGACAUUUCAGUUCAUCUCUGCUAAUGAAAAGGGUCCUUCCUCGUGGGGGAUAUCUGUGUGUCAGUUCUGUCAGCUGCAAGUUCUUGUAUAAUGAAGUCAAUGCCAUCAGGCCAAGGAAAUAAAAUAAUUGCUUACCUUAAAAAUCCA